AUGACACACGUGCUACAGGAUGACCGUCAUGCAGUUCCACGCGUGAGAAGAUCUCGAUUUGGAUUGCGAUGUUGGCUACCAGGUUGUAAAACAUUCGAUGAUGAAGCAGCACAGAUGAAUUUUCCAAGCGUAAUACAAUUUCAUUUGAUCUUGCAGCAUGUUACAAGAAGCGGACGCCCGGAAAUAAAUACGUAG